CAGUUUAAGUGUAUUCCUGAUCAAACGGUUGUCGAGAUGUCGCUCGCCAGAAUCUACGGAAUGCAGGCCCGGCUGCGGACACAUUUGCAAAGCGGUGUCGUGAAACUGUCCACAAGAGUUCCUCCAGCUCAGCAGCUAGAAAGUGUUCCACGGCGGUACAUCGCCUCGGGGCUCGUGCUGCACGACAAGCUAGCACCGAAAGCUGUCCCAAAGCACGACUGGAAUCGGGCCGUUAGUGAGGCGGAAAAGAUCGUUGGCUAUCCGACAUCGUUCCUGAGCCUUCGGUGGCUGUUAAGCGAUGAAAUUGCAAACGUAGCGCUACACCUCAGGAAGCUGGUCGGCAGCAAUCAUCCACUGCUUCGAACGGCCAAAAUCCUAAUCUACAAUGGCAAAAACAACAUGCAAGCGUGGGGACUGAUCGUUCUACUCAUCUCGAAAGCGGUCGGACAUGCGCCAACCGUACCGGACCUGGAGCAGGACAAAAGUGCCGGCGUGCUUCAAUCGCAGCGCGGACUGGCGGAAAUUACGGAAAUGAUUCGUACCGCGCAUCUCGUCCACCAGGGGCUGGUCAAUCUGCAACCGCUGGACGGUGCCGGCAACGAGCUGGGCAACGAUAGCGACACGAUCUUCGGCAACAAGAUUGCUCUGCUGAGCGGAGACUAUCUACUCGGCAAUGCUUGCCUACAGCUGGCGGGUCUUCGCAAUCAACCACUGAUCGAGCUCAUCUCGUCGGCCGUGCGUGAUUUGGCUGAGUCAAACUUUUUCGGCGAACGAGACCAGCAAAACAAUCCACUUCCAUCGCGUCCACUAGAAUCGCCGGUAGCUGCCGGUAGCAGUGGAACGAAUGUGGACCUAAGCUUCGGAGAUAUGAUCGAUAAUACGCAACCGCUUAGUUUGGCGGGUGUGAUGGGCAAUCCGGAGAAGGAGUGGGCCCUGCGGCACAUACUCGGCGCGGGCAGUUUGCUCGGGAAAAGCUGUCAAGGUGCGAUGAUGCUGGCGGGACAGCCGGAAGCGCUGCAACGACGAGGUUACAUGUUUGGGAAGCAUCUUUCCCUGGCGUGGCAGGCCUGUAUCGAUCUGGAACCGUUCAACAGCGAUCAACUUCCAUCCGGUGGAAAAUUCAGCUUAGUAUCCGCACCGGUUCUCUUCCAUCUCGAUCACGAUCCUACGCUGUACAGUGAAAUUGAAAAGGGACUAGUUUCGGUCGAUAACGUGGACUUUGCCAAGCUACACGCGGAAGUUCUCAAAGGACCCGGCCUCGAGCGGACACGGGCGCUGCAGAAAAAGCACAGCCUAGCGGCGAUGGACGUACUGAACGAGUUGCCCCCAUCGGAUGCACGAACCGCGCUGCAAAACAUUAUCCUUGCCAUGCAGGACAUCUAGCGCACGGGUAUCGUACGAACGUGCGCUAAACGACGCAUCACGACUCCCGUCUUUUCAAGGGCUCUUUUCGUUGGCGCUAGCGGAAAAGAGCUUCGCUGAGGUGGAUAGUAGGAGUCGGAUGACUGAAGAUGACUGUUAGCGAAAAGGAAAAGCUAAUGUGCUACUACAGCAAAACGUACCAUUCCGUCCAGAGUGUGAAUUUUUAGGUGGUUAGAAUGUGGAAGAGAUGCGCUUUCCGCGUGAGGGAAGCUAGUUAAUUGAAAGCUACUUGAUAAGAAAAGUAGAUGCAUCACUCUCACUCCUUGUUAGCUAGAGAACGAAUCCUUGUUUCCUGAUUUAAUGGCAUUGUUGCAUGAGCGCUAGUAUCGUUUAAUUUAGUAAAAGUCGGUAGAGCAAUGUUGAAGAAAGCAUCUGUUAGCAGACAAAGCAGCACAAUCCUUGUAUAGAUUUGUAAAAAUUGUAAAACAAUCAACCGUAAGGCUUUUGGCGAACACACAAUUCAGAGGGGAAAACGGUUAGGGUGAGAUAAGUGGAUGACGUUGCACACUAGUUAAAUGGCGGUUCACUGUUUUUAGCUGUUAGGACAAAUCGUACUCGGUCCAGCGGACCUUAAUAACGCUAAGUCGGGUUGGGGUUGUGUUUUGUUAUGGUUAUGUUUCUGUUUCCAUCUUUCUCCUUGCUUGCGCGCGAUACCAUUACCACUGUCGUUUACGCUCGUGCGUGACACAUCUUCGUUAUAAUGUAGUUAACUUAAUUUAAAACACUGUUGUUGAAAGGUUGAUAAACUUAACAAAACCCAA